UCACCGAAGAUAACGGACGUUCCUUAUUCUAAUAAUUCUAGCAAACUUAUAUAAAUACUUAAGAUUACACAUAGUGUUAAAACACUGACUGUAUAAUGAAACUGAUACAUUGAAUUCCUCAAAGGACUAUAUUUGCGAGAAGAGUAUUGAUUGUAUAAUUCUUUUCUAUAAUUAGUCACAACAUGAUGAAGUAAACAGUAAGGAGUAAGGAAAUAAGAUUUUAUCUUUGAAUGACGGUAUCUCUACCAAGAUAUAAGACCACGUUUACACUGUACGCAAGGCCCUUAUGACCUAUAAAUGAUAAGGACAACGGAUGCCUAGAGUAGCAGCAGUUAAUACAAUAUAACAGGUGGCCAAUAACGAAGAACUUAAAUCGGGUGUUCUUUCAAGAUGCAGACAAAUCUUGGAUAUCUAUUGCUGUGUCUGACAGUUUCAUCAGCUGCUGGUACGUUUGAAUGUUUCUGUAAUUUUUUACACCCUGAAUACUUCGUACUGCCGUGUGCCGAUUUGAACCAUCGUCCUAUAGGAACCAUAGAUAUGCCGGAUCAUGUCCUCAACCACUUUUACACCUACGAUCUCAAUGACCGGUACUGUAAGGCCAAACUAGCCGGGGUACAGCCGCCACAGGGAUACCAACCCAUUCUACACUAUGGUCAGUUAGGUUACCUGAAACUGGACGCUGGCUUCAGAGUAAACAGAUGCACUGGAUCAGUGAUUUUCAACAGAGCUCAACUCAGCAUGUCCAGUAGCUGUCCCCACAAUAUCACGGGACCAAUAAGUUUAGUUAAUCUAGGUUCACAAAACCAAACACCAUCUCCCCAAGUGACCUUACCAACAACAACGAAGCCUCCAAACGGUAAAUGGCACACGUUUCCAACUGCUGCUCAUCAGCCCAUUGCCACUUCCCCACAACCCACGCGUCACUGGAUUCCGUUUUUAGGAGUAUCUCCACCCGGAUGUAGAGGAGCAGAAAUCGAUGCUGCCAUCCAAGGAGGUAAAACUAUAUACCACUCAGAUGCCAGGGCAUGUGGAAACAGUGGAUUUUCGUUUGAUGAGUCUGUCCCACUUGCUUUCUGUAGUCUUAGAGAACCUGGGUACUGGAAACAAUACCUACAGGUACGAUCCCACUGUGCGCAGUUAGCUGUUUACACUCCAAUCUCUGUAUUUGUGAACGGGAAAUUGGUUGACGGAAACGGAAGUGGAAUAUUCAUGGGAUGUACAAAUUCCGGUGGUUUCAAGAUUGCCCGUCAGACAUGCAUCAGCGGGAAAAUGGAGGUAGUAGAGAUCACCCCGGGACGUACUGGAAUGUUGGAGAAUAUCGACAAUUACUACAUCAUCCAAUGAGGUCCUCGGACUUGUGACUAAAAAAUGAAUAAAGUUUUCUAUGAUUUUCACAUCCUCUUACCUCGAGGAAUAACAUC